AGUUGUGCUAGCUACUAUGGGGGAUGGGCUCAUGGGGACAGACCAAACUUUAACCACUUCACCGGCUUCACUCACUCGUCGCCGCGGGCUGUCUCUGCCUUCCCCUCGGUGAGUGACUUGAUGAGUCCUUCGCUCCUCUUCUUCUUUUUCUCCCGCAUUCCUGAACUUUCUCAAAAAGUACUUGGUGUUUUUUUUUUUUUUUUGGAGGGGGGAAGGGGUGCAGUUUUUUUUUUUUUUUUUUUUUUUUUUUUUAGAAACCGCAGGCACUCUUUGAUUCGCCCAAUAUCACGGUGUCCUGUCGGUAAACGGGUUAAGAUUUUACAGCCAACCCCCUACUUUCCUUUCCCCUCCUCUCUCCUCUCUCUCUCUCUCUCUCUCUCUCUGUCUCUCUCUCUGUCUCUCACUCUCUCUCCCCUCGCCAUGCCGGAUCCGUCCGUCUGUCUCGCCCACAGUUGCAGCGCAUUUGUGUCCCGGGAUGACCUGUUGAUGUCGGCUAAAGAUGGAGUGCCAGUAUCGCCCUCCGCUAUAGACCCAAUUUCUCCCGUCUGGUAAAAAUUAAAUAAAAAUAAAAAUAACGUAAAGACAUAUUGAGCCGAUUGAACGUGAAGUGUCGACCCCCCUCCUUUUUUAAUGGUGGAGAUUUUUAAUAAAUAAUUUAUUCGCUAUGAUAUAUCAAACGCGACAUUUUGGAGGGGAACAACAACGCGUGUCUGUCCCGUAUCGGUAGCUGCCAUUCGGCCGGAGGAGGAGGAGAGAAGUCGGUCUCUGGAGCGGACAUCACACCGCGCUGGCACGGACAGAGGGGAGACGCUGAACUGCUAAAUAUUUUAUCCCCUCUCGACUAUUUUGGGGGCAGACUUCGUGUCCCCCCCCCUGGUUUCUUGGACGAUAAAGGGAGUUGAAACUGGGGUUGGCAUUCAAAAUAAAGAAGAGGAGCUCUUUCUUUUUCUUUUUCUUUUUUUUUUUCCGCUCCCCUCCCUCCGCACAUACUGGCCCGGGCCAGCCGAGGACUCCCAAAUCCUACCGGGCAUCGAGGCUGGCACACGGCGGGGCACCGAGAGCUCUCUGCCCGCUCUCUCACUGCUCUCCCCCCCUGCUGACGGCGGGCUCUUCCCCUCUCUCCCUCUCUCUCUCUCUCUCUGUCGAGGCGUUUACCGGAGAGACAUCGGCUCGGCUAGACUUUCAUACCCUGUGGUGCUGGGCAGAGCGUUAUGGCUCAGACGCUGCAGAUGGCGAUCCCUAACUUUGGCAACAACAUCCUGGAGUGUCUGAAUGAACAGCGGCUGCAAGGCCUCUACUGUGAUGUCUCCGUGGUCGUCAAGGGACACGCCUUCAAGGCACACCGUGCGGUGCUGGCAGCCAGCAGCUCCUACUUCCGGGAUCUGUUCAACGCCGGGGGGAAGAGCUCAGUGGUGGAGCUGCCCCCGGCCGUGCAGCCGCAGAGCUUCCAGCAGAUCCUGGCCUUCUGCUACACGGGACGCCUCAGCAUGAACGUUGGAGACCAGUUCCUGCUCAUGUACACUGCUGGCUUCCUCCAGAUCCAACAGAUCAUGGAGAAAGGCACAGAGUUUUUCCUCAAGGUCUCCUCUCCAAGCUGUGACUCCCAGGGCCUCCACACCGAGGAGACCCCGAGCUCCGAGCCUCAAAGCCCCGUCACUCAAACGGUGGCAGGCGGCGGAGUCGGCGGCGUCGCUACAGCUGCCGGAAGACCCACCUCUUGUCUGACACCCCUCCCCCUGGUGUCCAAGGUGAAGACGGAACAGACAGCCUCCACGCCUCAGCCCACCCCACAGCCACAGCAGCAGGAGGGCUCUCCCUACUCAGUGGUCUGCACCCCGGUGGCCAAGCGGCUGUGGGAAGGGGGUAACCGUGAUGGAGGAGGGGGGGCUGGAGGGGGAGGGGGAGGCGGGAUGAGGAAGGCUGCACGCUACUCUUCCUCCUCCUCUUCCUCCUCGUCCUCCAACAACACUGCCCAGGAUGCUUCUGGGCGCGGACCUGCCGUCAACUCUGCUCUGGUGGGCGGUGGCGGUGCUACUUUGGUGGGAGCAGCCGGACUCAACAGUAACCAUAACAACAAUAACAACAACAACGGCGGGACCCCUGAAGGCACUAGUCCGGGCACGCUGAGCAUGUAUACCAGCGACUCGCCAAUCAGUUACCACGACGAUGAGGAAGAGGACGACAUAGCUGAUGACAGCGCCGAAGAACAGUACAGACAGAUCUGCAACAUGUACACUAUGUACAGCAUGCUGAACGCCGGAGCAGCAGUGGUUGGGGAGCGGGUGGAGGCUCUUCCUGACUUGGCCCCAGAUUCAGGCGGUGGACGGGGGGGCAGAGGCGGACGGUCCCGGCAGGACCUGGCGUCGCUGCCCGCCGAGCUCAUCAGCCAGAUCGGGAACCGCUGCCACCCAAAGCUGUACGAGGAGGGCGACCCGGCCGAGAAGCUGGAGCUGGUGAGCGGCACAUCGGUGUUCAUCUCCCGCGCCCAGCUCAUGAACUGCCACGUCAGCGCCGGCACCCGCCACAAAGUGCUGCUAAGACGUCUGCUGGCCGCAUUUUUUGACAGGAGCACUCUCGCUAACAGCUGUGGAACUGGCAUCCGCUCUUCAACCAACGACCCCAGUCGUAAACCUCUGGACAACAGAGUGCUGCACGCUGUCAAAUUUUACUGCCAGAACUUUGCGCCGAGCUUCAAGGAGAGCGAGAUGAACGCCAUCGCAGCCGACAUGUGCACCAACGCCCGCCGCGUUGUCCGCAAGAGCUGGAUCCCCAAGCUUAAACUGCUGAUGGCCGACAGUGACGCCUACUCUGCCUUCCUGGCCGACAGCGUGAAGAUGGAGGCUGACGCGCUGGGGGCAGAGCAAGGCUUUGACCCUGCCUCCUUGGAAGCCGUGGCAGCGGCGGCAGCGGCCGCCAACAAUAACGAAGUGGGAAGCGGAGCCACGCCAGCAGACACCCUCCAGGGGUCGGGAGGAGAUGGCAGCACUUUGUUUUGAGUGAGUGAACGGACAGAUAGAUGAAUGGACAGAUGGACGGAUUGAUAGAGGGAGGGAUGGCGUUUUCUGGGGCAAUGAGUAAAGAACGGUGGCCACUGUGGUCGUGAUGAUAGUUGUGGCUCGUGCCCUGGCCGCCAUGUGUUUGGGGAUCUGUUUCUUUUACACCUCUUUCAGUCAGUUUGUUCUGCUUUCCUUCCUUCGUUUGUCCACAUUUCAGUCUCUCUCUUAGCGGCUCAGAAUGCCUCUCUCCGAGUUGUUCCUCCUUUCUUUUCUUCUAGAGAGAGAUUGAAAAAUGGAGAGAAAGGUAGCAGAGGGAUGAGGUUGAUAAAUGGUCAACCCCCCCCCCACCCCAACACACCUUUUCAUUCCUCUGCAACCUUUCAAGAUUGUUUCAGCCUUUUAUAUUUCUUUGUUUUUAAAAGCGUGUACUGUCACUAAGGCCCUUUUUUCUUACCAUAAUCAAUCACAGACAUUCCCUUGGGAGGCGGGUGGGGAGGGAGGGGGUAAUCAUGUUUGGAGAAAGUGAUAUUUCCUUCACCAAACUCCGGUAACACUGUUGUUUUGAUAUUGAAUGUAUGCGUGGAAAAGCAUCCGGGCCGCAGAGUUUGUAAGUCAAGUGGACGUUGAGUGAGCUUGUACAGAGCCCUGUUUUUUUUUCCUUUUUGUUCUUUGUUUUGCUUUAUAUUAUCUGGACGGCCGGAUGACCGCUUCUGUGAGCGCGCGGGGGGUUGAUGAGGUCAGGGGUUGAAAUGAAUAGUAAUAUGUAUAUUGGCAUGGUUUAUGAUCUCCCCAACCACACCAACCCUGCUCUGUUAACCCCUGCUGGGCAUGCUGGGAAUACUGACCUACCAGCUCAUAGAGAAAUGCUGGCGAGUUCUGACUAACAGUGUGGUGGCAGAUGAGGGGGAAAAAAGUAAGGUUUGCUUGGCUAAAAAACACAAAAACCUCCCCCUCUUUUUGACCCUAAAUGUAAAGAAACAUAAUUUCAGUUUCCCUUUUUUUUGUGUUUCAAAUUUUUAAUUUGUCCUUUUUGUGUGUGAUAUAUUUUAAUUUUAAUUUUGCCAAGCCUCCAGAGGGAGAGGAAACUUGUUACCGAUGAUUGUCAAAGAGUUUGCGCGUGAUAAAUGCACUGUGUUAUUUCCUGCGGUAUGAGUACAAUCGAAAAUACGUUUUUGUACGUAUCAGAAAGAGAAGAGGGGUGGUUUUAUUUAAAAAAACAAUGGAAAAAGGAGAAAAAAUACAAGCUGAAAUCAAACUUAUAUAUCUGUUUAUCACCCUUUUUUUUUUUUUUUUUUAAUCUGAAGGAAAGUCAAGAGUUUCUGCCUGUGAGCAUAGGAGUGAUUUGUGUGUGUGUGUGUGUGUGGAUACGGCAGUGAUGUUUUGUUCUCAGCUCAUGUUUAAAUUGUUUUCCCUGAGAAUAUUCGCAGCCAUGCCAGUUAGCAGCACAGGUUUCCUCAGGCUCUGCUGCCUGGAUGCGUGCUCGCUUGGCACGGACAAAGGUGCUAAUUCAGGCAUCGGUACAUUUGCAAGGAAUAUGUGUGUGUGUGUGUGUGUGUGUCUGUGUGUAGGUGUGUGUUUGUACGGCCGCACAGUUUGUGUGUAUGCUGCAGCAGAGAGAGAAGAGCGGGAGGCCAGACGGUGUGUUUUCACACACACGGUUCGAUUCAUUCACCCAUCGCUGCGGCGAGCACACAUACACGCUAAUACACAUUUGGGCGCUGUCAGCCGCAUCAGCUACAGUACGGCAGAGCAACGUGGGAAUUAAAGGGGAAUCACACCAAAGUAGACUUGGGAGGCUGUUGUUGGGCACAUUCACCUUCAAUUUGUUUUGUGUUUUUAAUGAAGCGACAGUAAAUGUGAUGGAAAAGGUGAACUUUCACUGCACUCACUUGAAAGUUUUGUGGUUUGACACGUCUGGCUUUAUGUGAGGUAUUUAGAGUUCUAAACAAAAGCUGCUAAAUAAUGGAAAUCACAGAAGUAUGUUGGCAUAGAAACAACCCUGAAAGUCAUAUUGCCUUCAUAUUUGCCUUUUGAUAUUUGCGUGGCUCAGUGGUAGUUUUCAGAACAAGAUUAUUUCUCUUUAGAAAUAUUAACCCUGCGCGAUACGGCUGAACACACUCAUCAGUCUGUAAGAGGGCUUUUCUUCUCUUGUUGAGUUUGACGUUGAAUCGAGGGGCUGCAGUUGAACCUUUUUUGAUUUAGUGCCACUGAUAUUUUAGUCUCGGUUUGGCCUCAGUGUCUUUUUUAUCGCAAAAUCAAUCCCAGACAAUCAAUAUAAAGCCUAUUACUCCCCAGUGCCAAACAGACACCUCUGUCUGUUUGGCACUGGAGAAUGAGAGACCUAAUGAAAGCAUGAAUAACAAGCAAAGUUAGCCAACUGUAAAUGUAUGCCCUCUCUCUUAUUUGUCUGCUAAACGGAUUUGAUCAAUGCCAAAAACCCCAGAAGACUAAAACUAAAAAUAGCUUCUCCAUGUUAUUCAACAUAAUCUGUGGCAGAUCCAAAACAAAUUUCCGAUCCUUGGCUAAUGUCAGGGCUGUAGUAGAUUAGUGUAAAUUACAUCCAGGCCACAGAAAGUGGGUUUAUGGCCUCGCAUCAACGUGAGAUACCUCACUGUUGAGUCAAGAACUGAGACCAGAUCAGACGAGUCCAGCUCUAGAUGGUAUUAAAGUCUCCUAAUUGUCACAUCAGGCAUCGCAUAGGGGAAUAUUAGAUUUAAUUGAGCUAAAGAUCAGCUGGUCUUCAAAUAAAGUAGUGAUGGUAUUGAUGACCAGACUUGAGUCCUGCAUCCAUCCGUUACGGUACAGUUGAUACUUUCAUUGAUUUUAGGUACAAUUUGCUACAGAAAUUCAUCAAGCGUAACUCAAUUACCAUAAUUCAUUGAGACCAAAACAGCUCUUGAUAUGUAAUCAGUUUCUAAAGCAAAAACGGAUCAAAGGUUAUUGAAAGAUCUUUUUUAUUUCAUUCUGCUCGUGUGUGUCAGGGAGCAUUUAUCUUAAGGCUGAAAGAAAAUAUGAAGUGACACUAGAUGAAAUGGAAAGUUUCAGUGUGAAGCCCUCAGUGCAGAGUUUUCUCUGUAUGACAGCAUUUUGGCAAAAGUGAUCAGAUUGGAAACAGACUUCCUGUGAAGAUCUGGGAUUUAUAUAUUUAAAAAAAAAAAGCAGACCCAUGUUCUUUAUUACGAUACUGUUAUUUUAUUGUGUCUGUUUGCUCUGUUUGGUGGACGUCGGCAGAUUCUUGAAAUGAAAUGUGACGUAUCGACUGUAGGGGGCAGCAGUGUGAGAGAGUCAAAGGUGCCAUCAUGGUUAAAAAGGGAACGCGUUGAGUGUUAAUAAUCCAGCUGUUGAAUCCACAUUUAUAACUUUAUGCCCUGUUUUUACGUAGAAGACAUUUUUAAAAUUGAAUUUCUGGCGAACUAAACUCACUGGUACAUUGGAUUCCUAAUCCUACGAUGCUAAAGCGUGAUACUCUUGACGACCCAAACAAGAAACUAACAAAGAGUUUGUUAGCCAAGAUUUGUUUUUAUUGUAAACUCGACACUUCUGACCUGUUUUGGUCUUUUUUCUUUUUUUUCGUUACAUGAGGAGAAACCUCGAGCACCUUAUUGCCAGUGUGCUGUCAGAAAUGUGGCGGAGGCUGCUGCGUGGUGAACUGUUCAAUGUCACUGUCACAGCUUUUUAUUGAUGUUUGGACUGCCACACACACACACACACACACACAGGCCUUCAAUGUGAAGAGACUGUUGUUAAACCAUCUGUUAAGUGAAACAGAAAGUUGAAAAUCACCCCGGAGAAGAACCAAAAACCACCUUUAAGGCUUCAUCUAAUCCGUCUUGAACUGAACCAGUUUUGUAGACCAGUGUUCUAAAACAAAAUUGUCUGCUUUUUACAGCCUGGCUUUUGAGGAAUGAUGUUUACGUGACUAUUUGUUUUUAUAUAUAUAUUUGCAUAUAUCAAGUUUUUUUAAUUUUUAAAAAGGCUAUCAGUCAAAGAGCCCUUGUCCUGAGACGAGCACCUAAAGGUCCUACAGUUAGCAGGUGGAAGGUAACCGAGUGGUAGCUCCACCCUUCCCCACCCUCUAUUCUGGAGCACAUGGUACGAUUCAUGGAGACUUAAAUGAGUUCAGUAACUAAGGACAGGCGUGAGAAGAUGCCAGAGGGAUGAAGAAAGGAAGAAAAAAAAAAAGUGAAAGGGAUUGUGGGAGACGGAGGCGACAGUUUGCACAUUUUUGUUUUUUGUUUUCCUUUUUAAAAAAAAAAAAAAAAUCCAAUCCAACCCUUUGUUUAAAACCACCGCCUUAAAUGAGAAAAAUUAUUCUGAGUGAGAUAGAGAGAGAAGAAGAGGACAGUCUGAGCCUCCCUAGAGAGGAGAGAUGAAUGAGGAGGAGGAGGAGGAGGAGGAGGUGGAGGGGUGGCUGGGACGCUUGGAUGAUUUGGUGUGAAUGCAUGCAUGCAUACUGGUGUGUAUGUAAGUGUGUGUGUAUGUUUCUGUGUGUGGUUUGUUGCAGGGUGGGUUUGGAAGCUGUUUGUGAAGGGUGUGUGUGUGUGUGCGUGUGUGUGCGUGUCUGUGGGCGAACACAAUGCGUGGGUGUGUUUUUUAAUGUGUGUGUGUGUGCAUAUUAAUGUAUGUAUGCAGGGUUUUUUUUUUUUUUUUUUUUUCCCUCCCCGCUCGCUUCCCUCCAUCUCCAUUUAUGGCAUGUUAAUGUCUGCCUCCUCACUCGAAAGAGCCUUUGACAGUGGUACUGUGUGUGUGUGUGUGUGUGUAAUGCGCAUGCCUAUGCCAGGCUGGGUCUGCGUCUCGAUCUAUGUGCUGCAUACGUGUGUGUCUGGCUUCAUGUGGCGACUGCGCAUGUCUGUCACUGUGUGUGGGUGGUUUGGGUGCUCAGCUCUGCAAGGUCUGUCUGUGUGUGUGUGUGUGUGUGUGCGUGUGUGUGAUAGUGGGUGGGAUGUGCGCAGAGGCUGUUUGUUUUUGUCUGCCUCCACUGCUUCACACACACACACAUCUGCAGAGUCACAUAUCUACAUCCACAGCAGAGAGUCUGUACAUCUGUGUCAUAUCAAGGCUGCAGAUUAAUUGUGGCCAUGUCUCACAUCAUGGCCACUGCUCCACUGUUUCUUGAGGAGUGUUCCUUUAUACACGUAAGUGUCAAGUGUCUUUUUAUAUAUAAGUGUCAUGUAAAUGUUUAAAAAGAUGAAGCAGAUCAUGAGCACUUCUAUCGACUCUUCAGCUCAGAUUUUUUUUUUUUAAUCCUCUAAAUUCCCUCCCUAAAUAUCCCGUCACUGCCUGGUGCACUCCUGCACGGGACAGCAGCACAACUGCAGCCAGGACACUGACACUCUUUCCCUCCACCUCUUGAUUUUUUUUUUUUUUUUUUUUCCUCAAUCCUCCUUUUCUUCUCUCCCUCUCUGCCCUCGCCUGUCUCUCUCUCAGCGCCUCUGUUUUCUGUUUUCUUUGUUUACAUCUCUUUCUGCCUCGUCUCUUUAUGUAUACAUUUCUACCCCCCUCCCACCCAUGUCUCGCCUCCCUCUUUAUCCAUUACACACACACACACAUACACACACACACACACACAGCUAGCGUCGGUCCCUUGUUGCUUCAUUACAUAAACCAUCGUUUUCCAUCCGCCGCUGCUUCGUUUCUGUGUCGACUCCAUUUUCUUCAUAGAAUGUAAAUCCUUGCCAAACUCUCACCCGUAUAUCUGUGUGUGUGUGUGUGUGUGUGAGUGUGAGUGAGUGUUGUCUCUGUCUACAACAACAGAUGGAGCUGCCAAAUACAUUGCUGUGUGUGUGUGUGUGCUCGUGUGCAUAUAUGUGAACAAUUUGAAUGCAAAUAUGCAAAUAAAUGGGUGAAGGUACAUCUGACCAAGCAGUGUUUGUGUGAGUGUGUGGUCAGUGUGUGUCCUCGUGCUGCCCACCCCCCUCUCAUGGGACACUGUGGAUCAGUUAGUUGGGUGUGCGUGUGUGUGUGUGUGUGUGUGUGUGUGUGUUUUUACUGCACCUUUUUUAAUAAUCAGACAAUUGAUGAUCUAUCUAUCCCUAUAUUUUGGCCGAAUAAUCAAAAUGUCACAGACAUGCAGCCAAUCAUCGGACCGGACUGUUGAACCAAGUGACCAAGUGGGGUUAAAAAAAAUAAUAAUUACAAUCAUCAUAGACUUGAGCGGGGAGGGGAGGGAGGAGGAGGAGGAGGUGGUGGUGGUGGUGCUGUUCUUCCUGAGGAGGAGAUGUUUGUUAAGAAUCUCCCAGGACAGAUGAGGCAUUGCGGCAGUCUGCCGUCACAUGAGCGAAGCCACAAUCCAGACAAAGAGACAAGAGAGAGUGAGAGGAGAGAGAGAGGAGGCUAAUGACAGGGAGGAGGAGGAGAAGGUGAUCGUCUCUCUCUGGCCCUGUGCCACCAAGAUAAAUACCUGGGUGCUUGUUUAUUUAUGUAGCGUGGCAUUUUGCAGAGGGGCGGGGUUGUGGGCUGAAUGAAUAAACGGUAGAGUUGUCUAAAUCGUUAAAAAAAAAAUUUUAAGAAUAAAGCUUCCAAAACUUGUCUGGAUGACAAAGAAGAUAAGCUUUGAUUUUCUCCCACAAAGUUGAAAUUGCACUAAAUAUCUGUGAAGAAUAAAAAUAAUAAUAAUCUCUUUAUGUCCUGAAACACAUUUGGCUGAAUGUUUUACCCCAGUGUCCUUUUUUUUUUUUUUUUUAGCACUGCAAUACGCAUUUGAAAAAACAUUUUUACUGCAACUAUAUAGAGGUGAUUUUGGCCUCAUUGGCAGUCAUUAUGGCCAGCUGUUGUCAGUGCGUUAUGUUAAACCCAAGACGUCUGCAGUCAGCAGUUAACUGAUCAGGAAAAACAAUGGAUUUUUAAAUUAGCAGGAUAUUAACCGGUCGUGUGAACACACGUCAUAUUAAGUAGUACAGUGGUUCCCAACCUUUUGUGCUUGCGACCCCCUUCCUUCUCAAAAUCAUAUCUAAAUGCAGCAUCUCAAGUUGUAGACAUAAUGUUCCCUUCUCGGAUUGUUUCUUUCAAAUAAUAAUGAAAUAAUUAGAUUGGAUGAUUACUUUAUGAACAGUUGGUUGAAUUUCGAUAAUUGAAAAAUCACUGGCUCCCACUUUGGUUCCAAAUAUAAAUAUGUUCUGUGUUUUACGAAAUAUCGUCAAAACAAGGUGACACAAGAGAAGCAAUUUGAAGACCUAAGCGAAGCCGUGGGGCAUAUUAUUACAGUUAUUAGACAUUUUAUGGAGCCAACAGUUUAUCGAGAAGUGCCAGUAAUUAUAAUCAUUAGUUGCAGGAAAGAAUUUUAUAAGAUAUGUGUGUAAUUUUUAUGUCUAAUCUGGUGAGGCCUUAGAUUCAUCUGACAAUCCUGUGUGGGGAAGACACAGGGAGGGAACCACUGUAGCAGCAGCAGCAUUAGACCCCAGUGUUGAGCUUUAAUCUUCUAAUGCAGGCAGGAAAGAGUGAAGUUGAAAGUUUUGUACUUUUUUGUGUCACUGUGCCAGAUUUUGAAAAGACCGUAGAAGUGAUUUGUUGAGGGUUAAGACGGUUCCAACAAGCUUUUUUUUUUUGGUCCAAAUUUCAUCUGUCUGUCGCUGCUUUGGCCUGUUCUCCUGGGGGCCUCGGGUUGUCGACACACGGGUUCCAACUGGUUUCCACAUGCAGGGCUUUGAAAUUUGGUGUACUCCAAAGGAGCACAGCAAAAGGGAUAUUUCCUUUGUAAUAUCUGUGUCUGUUUUAUUUCCUCUUUUUUGAUUUGGAGGAAGAGUUAUGAGCUCGUAGCUGGAUGCUACUGAGAUGAGGAAGGAGAGAAUGAUUUUUUUUUUUUUUCAUAAAGAUUUCAGAAAGUUUUGAACA